AUGGCUCUGUCUCUGUCUCAAUUUAAAAUCAAUGCCGGUUUGGCUCAAAUGCUUAAAGGUGGUGUCAUCAUGGAUGUUGUCACUGCUGAACAAGCCAAGAUUGCUGAACGGGCAGGUGCAUGUGCUGUUAUGGCAUUGGAAAAGAUUCCAGCUGACAUGAGAAAAUCAGGUCAAGUUUGCAGAAUGUCCGAUCCAAAAAUGAUUAAAGAAAUUAUAGAAGCUGUUUCUAUCCCAGUCAUGGCUAAAUGUAGAGUUGGUCAUUUUGCCGAAGCUCAAAUUUUAGAAGCAUUGGAAGUGGAUUACAUAGAUGAAAGUGAAGUUUUAACUCCAGCUGAUAAACAAUUGCACAUUAAAAAGAACAAUUUCAAAGUUCCUUUUGUAUGUGGUGCUAAAGAUUUAGGUGAAGCUUUAAGAAGAAUCAACGAAGGUGCUGCCAUGAUUAGAACUAAAGGUGAAGCAGGAACCGGUGAUGUUUCUGAAGCAGUUAAGCACAUUUCUCAAAUUAGACAAGAAAUUGAAGAAUUGCAGAAUUUAACUAGUGAAGUUGAAAUUGAAGCCCUUGCUAAGAAAUACAGAGUUCCAGUAUCAUUAGUGAAGGAAGUCAAAGAAUUAGGAAAACUCCCUGUGGUUAAUUUUGCAGCCGGUGGUGUUGCAACACCUGCAGAUGCUGCAUUAUUGAUGCAAUUAGGUUGUGAAGGUAUUUUUGUCGGUUCCGGUAUCUUCAAAUCUUCCAACCCUGAAAAAUUAGCAAGGGCUAUUGUAAAUGCAACCACUCAUUACAAUGAUCCAAAGAAAUUAUUAGAAUAUUCCACUGAUUUGGGUGAUUUAAUGGGAGGAAUUGCCAUUGGAACCAUAAAGACAAACGAAAGAUUAUCUGAAAUUGGAUGGUAA